UACGGUGGGGGUCAACGUCAACUGCCACAGCUCCCACCCGACUCUCCCCAGUGCCACUUCACUCUUCAGUCUUCACUUAGCAGUUUGCUGCUGCACGCCUCUCUCUCCCCCGAGCACUCGCUCACCCUUCACUCAAUCGCCAUGCAAACGCAAUCGCCUCCAUCGCCAUCAACGACCCUUUAUUCCCAACACCGACGUCCCUCAUGCCGCCACCGCCGCACGACCAGGCCGACCACCGCCGGCGGCCUCUGCGCCUCGUGCCUCCGUGAACGCCUCGCUGGCUUCGACGCCACCAACUACCGCGGCAUCUCCAAUCAUUCGGUCCCUCGCUUUGUAGCCGACAAUCUCCACCGCAGCAAGUCUCAUCGAGAGUUCAAUUGCGGCGCCGCCGCGCGCAGCUCGGCCGAACCGCGGCGUAGAUCGUGCGAAGUUGUCGGCGGUACCAGCCCGAUCGGCCUCUUAAAUCUAGAGGAUGGACCGGGUGGUCGGGAUGGGAGUUCUGGGUCCAGGGAGGGGAACGAGGAAGGAGGGAUUCGGAUCUGCGAUAGCGAUGUUGAGCAGAACGAGGAGGUUGAUAAUGGAGGAGUCCAUGAUGAUUUCGAAGGAGGAGCUGAGUUAAGGACGGUGAGGGAGUUCAUAGAUCUCGAGUGGGAGAGGAAGAAGCGCAGGAACAAGGAUUUGAGAGGGUUUUGGGGGGUCGCUGCGGUUUUGACCGACAAAUGGAGGAAAUGGAGAAGGAGGGAGAAGAUCACGAAUCGAGGUCCAAUAGGACUUGUCAAUGGCGGCAAUGUGGCAAUUGGAGAGGAAGGUGUAGAUAAGGAUAAGGCUAAUGUGGGGGAAUUAGGAGAUAUGAGAAGCGAGGUUGGAGAAUGUGGAAUUGGGAGGAGAUCUUGUGAUUUGGAACUGGUUAAUGGUGGUAGGAUUUCUUAUGAUGUGCCUAGGGCUUCUUUGGAUGGCCACAUGACCGGUAGGAGUUCCAUGUAUCAGCAUCUGAAUCCAGCGGUUUCUGCGGUUAAUGAUGUGAAGUUGGUUGAUGAUCAAUCUGAGGAUGGGGUGUUGGUUGAGGAGAAGUUGGGCUGUGUCUAUGAGAAUGGCAAGAGUCCGGGUGGGCGUCUUCAGACUAGGUAUUACUACAAGGAGUCACCGGCAUUGCAAAGGCGAAGAAGGAGCUUCGAAAGAUCGAAUUCGCACAAGAGUGCCGAACAUGAAUUUGAGGUUGAUGAGGCGAAGCUGCUGCUGAGGUCGAAACCAUCACCUGCUGCAAUGGAAUUGUUUAAUGGCACGAAAUUGCUGAUAACUGAGCAAGAGUUAAUGGAUUGGAGGCUUAAGUCAGUCAAACAAGAUGAUCUGGCAACGCUUGAAUCCGCUUUUCAGAAUGCUGCUCCUUUUGUUGGCAGGCAGGACCAAAAACGGUGCAAGAAAUUGCAGUUGCUGGGUUGGCGGAAGGCCUGGAAUACGUGGAGUUUGAUGCACUCUAGAGGUGAGAAAGCAGAUGUCGAUAGAAGGAUUAGUUGCGUUGCCGGAGAGUUGGACACGAAGUUGGUGGUUACUGAGUCUCGGCAAGAGCGGAACAACGUUGCCAAGAAAGAUGAACCAAUUGGUAAUAUUAGCCAGAGGCUUAAGCUGAGUAAUAGUGUUACUGCUAGGAGCAAGAGUGCAGAGUCUUAUGGGGAUAACAUCGACAAUGUCCUGCGACCUGUCUAUCUUGCUCCAUUAAGGACUUCUAGAAGUAAAUCAGAAAGGAUGAAGGCCGUCUGCCGGAAAGAGUACUAUGAAGCUGUCACUACUUAAUGUAACAGAGACACACUGCACUUUUUCGCAAACAUGAAAGCUUGAGUUGAUUAUAUGCAGUUCAUUGUUGCUCUUGUUCUCUGGAA